AUGGCGGGAAGAGCUACUUUCUCUGUUUCUUCGUCUCUUUCCUCCUGCAUCCCUUAUUCAGUUACUUCUUCUUCAUCGCUCUCACUAUCUUUCUCGAAUCGGUCGUCGCUACCUGUGCGAAUUUCUCCCCGAACCAACAGAUUUCCCGGGAUUCACUGCUCUUUGUCUGCCAACGACAUCAAAGCCGGAACCAACAUCGAAGUCGACGGUGCUCCUUGGCGUGUUCUGGAGUUUCUUCAUGUGAAACCAGGAAAAGGAGCGGCAUUUGUGAGAACUAAGAUCAGGAACUACGUAAAUGGUAGCACAGUGGAGAGAACAUUUCGUGCUGGCAUUUCUGUUGAGGAAGCAAAUGUAUACAAAGAAACCAAACAAUUUACAUACAAAGAAGGGGCUCAGUUUGUUUUCAUGGAUUUGACCACUUACGAAGAAACACGUCUUAACGAAUCUGAUAUGGGCGAUAAGACGAGAUGGCUGAAAGAAGGAAUGGAAUGCAGUUUGUUGUACUGGAAAGACAAGGUUAUCGAUUUCGAGCUACCAAAUACAGUUAAACUAAAAGUGGUUGAUGUUGAUCCUGGCCUUCGCGGUGACACUGCGCAAGGUGGAUCAAAGCCUGCGACAGUGGAAACAGGUGCAGUAGUUACCGUACCACUCUUUGUUAACAUAGGUGAAGAGAUUUUGGUGGAUACUAGAACCGGUAUGUACAUGAACCGGGCGUGA